CGGAUGUUCGCGUCUCUGGCAAGACGACCAGUGAUUGAGCGGCUGCACCCAGUCGGGUCCGGGACCUCGGUGGGGAGUCGGCUGUCCCAGAAGAAUCAUGUUUCACGAGGCAACCAAGAAAAUUGUGAAAGAGAUUGACCCGGAUGGUUACACACUGGUUCCUGCAACAAGCCCGUAUCAUUCUCAAUACUGCAAGCCUCUUCAUCUCGUGAAGAAAGUAAAGAAAAGUUUCAGUCUCGAAACAUACCAAUACUUUCCACAGGCCCUAACGUUGACUGAUAUAUUGAUGGAUGGCCAAGAUUUAGACUUUGGUUUGAGCAGCUCAAUCUUUGCCUGCUACACCGGGCUUUUCAACACCUCAGUCACUGGAGAAGCCAAUGUGAAUGUCUGUAAUGUGGAUGCAGGAGUACAUGUAUCGAGAAGUGCGUCAGAUGCCGUGUCCACCAUGAAAAUGCGAAAGCAAAUAGUCUCUGAAAAGAUGCUGCUGGAUGUUAGUAAAGCGAGGAAAGUGAACAGAGAGCACAGCUUUGUGAAACAACUGAAGAGUACAAUUAUUCAUUUCAUAUCAGAAGUGGUAGAGCUGGAUGAGCCAUGUUCUCUAACCAGGGUUUCCAAGGGAGCUGCAAGAGUGAAAGUACUACUUAAUGUACAGAAGGCUGCAGGUCGACUUUGCGUAACUAAGGAGAAGACGUUAAGCUUUCCAGCUGGAACGACUAUUGCGUAUAAGGUCCAUUCACUGAUGAUUACUGAAAAUGGCACCCUGGAAUUAGGUUGGAAUAUCGAGUUGCUCAGUAGCGAUAUUGAAUGUUAUCCUGACCCUCGUGCUGAGCUGACAAAACUGCCUGCAGACAAGAGGCUGCUGCUCCUCAAUGAGAUCCUUGAAAUUCUUGACAACAGCGAUGAUCUUCCUGUUCUUGGAGGAAUGCUUGACCAGAUGUGUGAAGGUCUGCAACCUGACCUCCAAGUGCUGGAUCUGAUGGAGGAAAGUAACAGAGUGUGUGUGGAGAAGGUGCUGGAUCUGCUGGGAAUUAAGAAGGCUGAUCCACCAGGGCAGCCCCUCACCUUGACUCAGGAUCAGGAAAAGAUCAUCCACACAGUAAACAAUAUCAUCCAGUCACUCAGUGAAAUUGAUCCUGACAUUUUAAUCCUGUUGGCAACUAGUGUUAUGGCAAAGAUUACAUCCAAACAGCUAAAGCUGGUGAAUAUAAUCAAUGAUCGGUGGCCCCUGGGGCCUACAUGUCAAUGUGAGCUGGUGAAUGUUGAGGAGGAGGUUCCUGAGAAGACUGUGAUUGCUCAGCUGACAGACGAGGAGUUUGAAAUAACCCAGCAGAUGUUGGAAGAAUUUGGAUUUCAAAUGGAUAGAGAAAACUCUUCAGUUUCACGCAUUGAUGACUGUAAACAACAAGGCAUACUUCCUGUCUCCAUUGUUCUGACUGCUCUCAGUGUUUUAUCUGACUGAACAAUUGUGACAUGAUGCACACCCAUUGUUCAUGGUCCUUUCCAGACAUCUUCCCUCUGGAGCAUGCUCCCUCUUCCUUUCAGUUUACUGUGACCUUGAUAGGAACAUUCUCCCAUAGCCUCUUUGGCAAUUUUGGUGGCAGAGGGCAGCUUUUGUGUUCGGUGUUGUCCUGCAAAAUUUAAAACUGGCAAGUAUGGAUUUAACUUUCCUCUCUUUUCUCCUGGGUGUAUUACC